CUCCGGCGGGAUGACAUCGCCAGUCGGGAGGGUGCUGCGCUCCAGCCGCUGCUCAGACGGCGCCGGGUUUGUUGUGCUUCUUAGUGCCCGCCGCCGCGAUGCGAGAUUACGACGACCUGAUCGCCUUCUUGGGCGAGUGGGGACCCUUCCAGCGCCUCAUCUUCUUCCUGCUCAGCGCCAGCAUCAUCCCCAACGGCUUCAACGGCAUGUCCGCUGUUUUUUUGGCCGGCACGCCGGAGCACCACUGCCGGGUGCCCGCCAGCGCCAACCUAAGCAGCGAGUGGUUGAACGCCAGCAUCCCGCUGGAAGAGCGCGAGGGGCGGCAGGUGCCCAGCCGGUGCCGCCGCUAUCGCCUCGAGGCCCUGGUCAACUUCUCCGCCCUGAAGCUCCAGCCUGGCCGCGAUGUCAACCUCAGCCAGGUGGAGCAAGAAAAGUGCCUGGACGGCUGGGAGUACAGCCGCGACCCCUACCACUCCACCAUCGUCACCGAGUGGAAUCUGGUAUGUGAUGAUGACUGGAAAACCCCUUUAACAACUUCUCUAUUUUUUGUGGGUGUGCUGCUUGGAUCUUUUAUAUCAGGACAACUCUCUGACAGGUUUGGAAGAAAGUGGAUUCUGUUUGCCACUAUGGGUGUACAGACAGGUUUCAGCUUCCUGCAGAUCUUCUCAACCAGCUGGGAAAUGUUCACAGUGCUUUUUCUUAUAGUUGGCAUGGGUCAGAUUUCUAACUACGUGGUGGCCUUCAUAUUAGGCACAGAAAUUCUUGGCAAAUCAGUUCGUAUUAUAUUCUCUACAUUAGGAAUUUGCAUAUUUUUUGCAAUUGGCUACAUGUUGCUGCCACUAUUUGCUUACUUCAUCAGAGACUGGCGGAUGCUGCUACUGGCUCUUACUGUACCGGGGGUAUGCUGCGUUCCACUGUGGUGGUUUAUUCCUGAAUCUCCCCGGUGGUUGAUCUCUCAAGGAAGAUUUGAAGAAGCUGACAGGAUUAUUCAAAAGGCUGCAAAAAUGAAUGGCAUUCCAGCCCAAGAAAUAUGUGUAAAUUCAAUCGAGAUGCAGGAUUUGAAUGUCAAGCAGCAGCAGGCAAUAUUUCUGGACUUGUUCAGAACUCAAAAUAUUGCAGUGAUCACUGUCAUGUCUCUUCUUUUGUGGAUGUUCACAUCAAUUAGCUAUUUCGGUCUGUCACUCAACACCUCCAAUCUGCAUGGAAAUGCCUAUUUCAAUUGCUUCCUGUCAGCUGUAAUUGAGGUUCCAGCCUAUGUCAUUGCCUGGCUUCUCCUUCGGACCCUCCCACGACGUUAUUCGAUAUCUGGCACAUUGUUCUUGGGAGGAGGUGUCAUUUUGUUCGUUCAGCUGGUACCUCCAGAUCUUCACCUCCUGUCUGUUAUCCUGGCAAUGUUGGGGAAAUUUGGAGUCACAGCUGCCUUCUCCAUGCUUUAUGUCUACACUGCAGAACUCUAUCCAACCAUAGUAAGGAACAUGGCCGUGGGUGCCAGUUCAAUGUCCUCCCGGACAGGCAGCAUCAUUGCACCUUACUUUGUUUAUCUUGGUGCCUAUGACCGAUAUCUGCCUUACAUCCUUAUGGGCAGCCUGACUGUGCUGAUAGGGAUUCUCACCCUCUUCCUCCCAGAAAGUUAUGGUAACCCUCUACCAGAGACAUUUCAAGAGAUGCUGCAAAUCAAAGGAUUCAGAAACAGAAAACUUACAACUAAACUAGAUCAUUCAAAGAAGAAUGAAUUGAAUGACAAGAACUUGAUUACACAGCUAUGAUCAUACAUUUCUACUUUUUAAUAUAUGGACAUCCUGAACUUUAAAAACAUGUAAUUCUGAAUAGAAAUCAAAAGUCAUUAAUACUACUGGAUGGGUCUUCCCAUUAUCCUCCAAUUCACAGAUGCCAUGUACCAAAUUUGUGUAUUUUUCUUUGAAGUUAUUGUCAGCAUAUGAAAAGCUCCUCAUCAAUAAUUGUUUUAGUGUCUUCAUUUUUUAAAGUGUUGAAUUACCUUCCAGUAGAGAUUUAUGUACAGUAUUAGAUAUUUAUCUAAAGCAUACACAAGGAGUGAAAAUGCUGACUGCAUAGAGUCAGAUGUGAUGCAUCAAAUCCUUUGGAGACCCCAAGAAGACUUAGGUGGAAUAUAUACACAGCCCUGUGUAUAUAUGGUGUGAGUGAAUGAUAUGCCAGUGGUUUUGAAAUGAGUGGAGCUCAGACCAAAAAAGCACAUUGAAAACUAGGCUCCAGUUUUUAGGUUUGUUUUGAAAAUCACAACUUUAAUCUUUCAAGGGUGAAAAUUGACAAACAAAAAUUCAUGACAGAAAAGUAGUGCUUCUUAAACAAAAUCCACAGCUGUUAGGAAAACUUAUUUGGAUCAGUACUACCGAAGGAAGAAAACACUCCAGAUGCUAUAUUAUAUUUUCAUCAUGGUGGUGGGAAGUGCUGUCAAGUUGCAGAAUACAUAUGAUGACCCCUCAUGGGGCUUUCAAGGUGCAAACGGGAGGAAAUUUGCCAUUGCCUGCAUCCACGUAGGAACGCUGGACUUCCUUGGUGGUCUCCCAUCCAAGUAUUAACUAGGGCUGACCCUGGUCUGAUGGGAUUAGGCCAUCCAGCUCAGGGCAUGUCUGUUAUACAUAAGAACCCAUUAUGAGACUGCAAAAUUGUGCUUCUUUGUAUUUGAGCCUUGUAUUAUAAACUGUUAAUUGGAUGGCUGACCAGAUGCAACACAUUGCUUAUAUUUUUUUAGGAACAUUAUGAACUUUCAAACAAAUUCCCUGCAAAUUUUUGUUAGCUAGGGAGUCAGCAGGUAUUUGGAUGAGCUCUACCUUUGUGCCAAGUAAAGCUGGUAAAUUAUUACCAACUUGCAAUGAAAUUCCCUUCUGCGCCAUGUAAAGGCAUCUGAACUAGAAAGUUUAAAGUAGAAGAUGAUGCCAAAUCUGUAUGUGAAAGAACAGACUCAUUAGUAUGUUAUCAGCAGUAGCAUCAAGAAAAAAAUUGGGUCAGUCAUUUUUAUGAUGGAGUGUCACCCACUAGUCUAGCAGUGUAUAAGAUGGAAUUUAGGCAAGGAGAACCUGAUAAAAGCAGUUUUUCUUCCCCCUGCUGUAAGUGCUUGCAAGCUUGGUGUUUCCUGUGCUGUAUCCAGUAUUACUGUACAGAUGACAUAUUUAUGUAUAAGACAAAGUGUACGAAUGAGCAGGAUGGCACUGCUCCAUCAGUUGUGACCAAGCAUGCAGGCCCUUCUUUCUGUGUAUACAUGGCCUACCUGUAUAUACAAACAUCCCUGUGAUCAGUACUGUUUAGCUAGCAGCAUUCCUGAUCAUGGGAAGGGGGUAUACUCACUGUACCCAUAGUACAGACAGUACACAUGGGGGGGACAGGGCCUGCAUACUAGGUUGUGAGCUGUCAGUCCCUCUCUACCUAUUUGUCUGCACAGGACUGAUAUUUUGGUGGAAGCAAAAGAAACUAGGUCUGCCGCAGAGUUUUCAGCUGGAAUUCUUCUAAUCAAAAGCCAAUUUCAGAUCCAGCCAUUACGGUGAUGAGCCUACCUACUAAAACUACUGUUGGAAGCUCAAGAUUCCAUUUUUCCAAACUAACUUUUUCCACAGAAUUUUUUUUUGCAAAGCUAAUUACAUAAGAGGUACCUCAACAAGCUUUUCUUUUGUUGUGUCUGCUGUCUUUCACAUCUUGUUUUUAAAGGCUAUCUUGAACACCCGACAUGGUAGUUUAACUAUGUGUUCAUUUUUUAAAUAUGGGUUACGCCUCGUGUAUAGCAUGACUAUAUAAGUGAUUCUUCAUUCUUAAGGUUGCAAGUUUCUGAGACAGACUAGUUGCAUUUUGCAGCAUUUUCAGAAAACUAGAGACUGGGCUUGGGCAAUGUAGUACAAUUGGUCCCUGUCAGCCAUUCACUUUGCUGGGAAGUCCAGUGUAUUGGCAGACAUGUUGAGCCUCACAUUUCUUCCAUAUCAAGACUCAAGCUUAAAUCUGUUCUCUAUUUCAACUAUGGGGGCUCCCAGAAAUAGAUCUAUUCACUUCCAGAUAAAACAGGACGUUUGAGGCCUACUGCGCAAAGGCAGGAGUGGGGAGAGGCUUUCUGGGGGACAUUCCAGUUUGACUGGAAUGGCCUGUUCUUUCAUAUCUUUCCCCAGUUGCCCUGCUGAACAGGGUAGUGGCUAAGGUUCAGGCUGACAGACCCAGAGCCAUAAUGGUGAAUUGAAACUGGAACCAAUGACUGGUUCCCAGUCCUCAGAGCACUUAUCAAUUGCCAGGCUUAAACUUUCCUGCCAGCCCCCAACCUCUUGUCAGUGGGUCAUGCGCACCAUCACAAUGUAGCCAUUCUCAGGCUAACAUCCUGGCUGGCAACUCCCUAGACGUGUGGCCACCAUAUUAGGGAUGCCUUCUGGCCUCCAGAAAACCAUCCUCUAGACAUUCCUGUGUUUAUAAAUAGAACAAGUUUGUGACCUGGGCACAUAUGGCUCAUAUAGUACCUUAACCAUGUACCUGACCGCUAUUUUUUUAUUAUUAUUAGUUAUUGUUAAAGGACACUAUUGUCUGUCUUGUCCAUUAAAGUUUACUUAUUGGCCAUUUCGGACUUUCAGGUUUGGCUUGUUUUUGCUGUGUGUGCCUUUCUGCACAAAAGUGUAUGAGGGGACUUAAUGACUGGUGUUUGGCAAUAAAGAGACCAGUUCCCCAGUGGAGCUUAACACUUGUGCUAUCCAGACUCAUGGGGAAGUAAGUCAACAUCAUUCUUCUGUAUUUUCAGCUCCAGACUUAAAGAUUUUUAAAAGACCUAAUCAACCCUUUCCCGGUGUUUAAACCUGCUGUCCCUGUUUGAAGUUUGUUUUUGGUUUUACCAUUGGCAGUACCUGGCUUGUUGCCUUUAUCUUAUAAGGUUGGCUUUCUGGUUGCUAUCACUUUAACCAGGAGAGUCACUGGCUUUCUGGGUGGACUCCCCAAUCACCAUCCUGAUAGUCCUACGUCCUAGCUUAGAACUUAGGCCUAAUGUGGUGUCCCAGUUCCAUAUGUCCCAAGAUAUACUGCCUGUGUUUUUCCUAAAUCCCCAAUCCCUGGGUGAAUAAUCACUUCAUACACAGGAUGUCUGGAGGACAUUCUUUUUUUAGAAAGUUGUUUCAGCAAGUUAAGAACUUAUUUGUUUGCUUUAAGGGUCCUAAGAAAGGCAAAGCUACUUCUUCCAAAACCAUUUCAAGUUUCUGUCAAUCGCCUAUGCCAAUGCUCAGGUGAAUUGUCCACUUCAAGCCAGGGCUCAUUCCACCAGGACUCAAUCCUCUUCAGCUGCUUUUCUUGCCAUGGUCGACCUCCACAAUAUCUGUGAACGGGUCUGCUCCAUCCAUGUUUCUCUGGCAUUACUCCAUUGGUAUGGACUCCAGGAGAGGUACAGCUGAGAGAGAACAGGGUUACCGUUGCUAUUUCACUGACAAGCCCACAUCCAUCUUCAUGGUAGGUGAGCUUGCUACUCUACCAUGCAUGACUGCACUGAAAAUGCAGCGAUGGAAACACAGUUGUACUUACCCGUAACUGUUGUUCUUUAAGUGUCUUCUGUGCAGGCAUGAACCCCUUUCUCCUUAUCCUGCUUUAGCCAGCUGUUUUACUAGAUUGUUGCACUUCCAUAUCAGUGAAAGGAGAACUGAGGGAGGAGUACUCUUCCUGCCUUCUCUCAAAUGACAGUUUGGACUUGAACCAGCCCAGUUGGCUCCAGGAGGAGGCAGGAGAGCACACCAAGUGCUUAAAAGCUUCUAGAACAGUGGUUCUCAACCUUCCUAAUGCCGCGACCCUUUAAUACAGUUCCUCAUGUUGUGGUGCCCCCCCAAUCAAAAAAUUAUUUUCGUUGCUAUUUCAUAGCUGUAAUUUUCCGAUGUUCUUAGGCGACCCCUGUGAAAGGGUCGUUCGACCCCCAAAGGGGUCGCAACCCACAGGUUGAGAACCACUGUACUAGAAGCCUUCUGGUCAGUUCUCCAUGGCCAGCUUGUGUCUGCGGGGUUCCCAUGCUUACCUGCACAGAAGCCACUCAAAUAAACAACAGUUACAGGUAUGUGCAAUUUUGUUAUAUGUUAGUUGUCAUUUGUACACUAUACAGUAUAGCCUACCGUUAUAGAGACAAAAACAGUGGACCCCAGUUUUGUUUUACCUACUUGUUAAGGUUACUGUUUCUAAAACUUGUAUACUGUGGUAUUUUUGUGGGGCACUUAGUUUUAUCAGAGUAUCUUUAACAAUUUAAAGUUGCCUACUGAACCGUUUUUGAUUAAGCAGCAUUUUGUUUUGUUGAUUUUUAAAAAUAUUUCUGAUUCUCCAAAUAGUAAAACACAGAGAUGCACUUUCCAUAGGACUGUGAGAUUUAAACAUGAAACUUUGUUUUGUCAAGAUCAGAAAUACUGCACAUUCUUGUGAUAAUUUAACAUAUUUUAAAUGUGCUUGCUGAUGAAAUGGUUAGGAAGUUCAGCUACAUUAGUAGAGACAGUGGGUUUUGAGCGCCUUCUGGUUCUCACAUCACAUGCCUAGCCUUAGUUUAAUGAGAUCAGCCCAACAGUUAAGCUGCUUCUCUGCACACUUCUCUUGGCAUUAGAAGGGACUAGAAUGGAUUUUAAAAAUUCAAGUCUUUACAAUGUUGAUUUUAGAAAGAGUUGCUUGAUUUGGGGAAGAUUUUCAAGGAAAAUUAACAUUCUCUGCCAAUGCCAUCCUCUCAGGGAUUUGUCAGGUGGUGUUUGUAGUAGUAGUACAACAACUAAAUGAAAGGCAUAUCAAGGAAAGGGGAUAUUGGCACAGUAUUUGUUUACUACUGUAAAUUAUUCUGCACAUAUAUAUAUUAAGAUGAUACCCAACCAAAGUUUUACAGUGGUUAUCCUACUCAGUUUAGUUCCUGCUGGUCAGGUUGGGCCCAAGGGGUUUUUUUCCAAUAAAGUUUAUAGAGUUUUUCACUGACUGGAGUGGGGAUCUUUCUAGACAUCUUUCAGAUGCAAAGUACCCACAUUCCUCUUUCUACUGUUAUGUAUGACAAUACUGUAUUGAUUUAGGUUUGAAGCUUUUCUCAAGUGUGAAUUAUCGUGCAGUCACUGUUUUCUUUAUUUUUUGUCAUCGAUAGUUUAAAAAGAAAUAAAUUGAACUGAUCAGUUUUCUUGUCUGUGUUGUAGAAAUGAAAGGAGGAAAAUCCCAUCUGCUGUCUUUUUCUCAUUUCACUUAUUCUAAAACAUUAAUCUCCUGUUUGAUAAUAGGAGGCAUUAAAUAUGCUGGUUUUUUUCAAAAUAAACACCUGAAGCAAUAAAUGGGAGGGUGCAAGUAGAAAUGUUUAAUAGUAGUGUUGUUCAGGGGCUGAAAAAGCCCUCAGCCACGAUUCCAUUAUGUUCUCAACAGUUGUCACGUGCUGUUUGAUAUAACCGAUAAUAGUAACUCCUCCACCCAAAUAAAGCUACUUUGAUUACCAGA